AAGAUGAGGAUUGCGAUGCCAUCAGCGAUCAUCCCCGCUCCGUCCUGCUAUACGCGGCUCUGCGUGGACUGAUAUCAGACUCGCAUGGCUUCACUGCCAGCGUCAGAGCGAAGAGCAUUCGCUCUCAAAAUCAACAGUCAGUGUUAAAUCUACAGGGAGUUUGGGUGAAUUCCGGAACAGGCAGCUACACGUUUGGGAUAAGCUACAAGUCUGGCACCAAUAGACUUGAUAGUCUUGCACUCUUCGGCAGAGAUUCGGAGACACUUCAGUGGGAUCAGCCAUGGUUCCCUGCCGCACCACCGGCACAGUUACAGCGCCUCUGCUUCUUUCUGCGUCAACAUACCUCAGUCAUAUGAAGCAGUUGAGCCGGUGGACCUGGAUGAGUUCCUGAUGUCACAGCUGCGCAGUGGAGAUGCUGAGCUCAUGCAGGAGCUGGGGGAGUUUCCUGAUGACGACCUGGAGGUGGAGCUGGUGGAGAGGGAAUGCAGGACCAUCCGCCCCUCUGUCGCUGAGGAAGGAGUGGAACUGGAUCCCCAUGUGAGGGAUUGCGUUCAGAGUUACACGCAGCCCUGGCUGGUGGUUAGCAGAAGAACUCAGGGUUAUGGAUGGAUUGCGUACUCCGAGAGGAGUAAUUACAAAGUAUUACAGAGACAGACAUUUGAGUCUGACGUUCAGCCUGACAAACAAGAGCAACAAGAAAAGUCGCCGUCCCUGUCAGCACUGUGUGGUGAUUCAACUCGGACCACCCUCACAUCCUCAGACUUCAACUUACGGGCACUACAGCCGGACCGUCGUGUGGACAGCCUCUUGCGCUUCAGCAGCCCGGAGGAACUGGAUCGCUUCAACCAGGAGGCCAGACAGAGCAACCGCUAUGGCGAGCUCUUUGGCCUCUACCCUCCUAUGGAUGAGGAGGAUGCAGUAGCAAUUCGGCCCAUUCCUGACUGUCCCAAAGAGCACUUUGGGCAGAGGAUACUAGUGCGAUGCCAGAGCAUCAAAUUUGAGAUUGAAAUUGAGCCUCUCUUUGCAACCAUGGCCCUCUAUGACCUAAAGGAGAAGAAAAAGAUUUCAGAGAACUUCCACUUUGACCUGAACUCAGAUCAGAUGAAGAGUUUCCUGCGACCCCAUACUCCCCACAUUGACACCUCCACUUUGGCCAGAUCUGCAAUUUUCUCCAUCUCCUACCCCUCUCCAGACAUCUAUCUGGUCAUUAAGGUUGAGAAGGUUCUUCAGCAGGGAGAGAUCGCAGAUUGUGCUGAACCAUAUAUGUUACUGAAGGAGAGUGAUGCUAAGGGUCGUGACAAUGCCCCUGUCUGGUGGGGAAGAACAACUUCAAAACCCUACAUCCAUGUGCCAACAUCUAAUGAAAAGCUUUCCCAGAAGAGUAGAAGCAUGGAUUUGAAAUUAAAUGUUCAACAAACACACAAGAGUUGGUUGUUAAGGUGUCCAUUUACUUAUGGCCAUAAAAACAGAGAGAAGCUGGAGAAGUUGAAGAAUCAGGCGGAGGGGUUUUGUCACAGACUGGGCCGCUACAGGAUGCCAUUUGCCUUCGCCACGGUCAACAUCAUGAGUGCCAUCAACUCCACACUGGAACGAGACACAAGUGACACAGACAGUAUAAAUGGCAGGGGUGGUUUGGAAAAGAAAGGAUUGCCCAGACGUAACUCUGACAGAUUCAGCAUGAUGGAGGACAACUAUAUCCUGUCUGGCUUCAAACCAGCUGUCACCACGUGCAACUUCAUCAAGCAGGAAGGAGAGCGUCUGAGCGAUGAGGACCUGUUCAAGUUCCUGACAGAAAUCAAGAGGUCGUCCAAUCAGCGACGUGUUAAAUUCAUACCUGGCUAUCUGAAACUGGAAGUGUCUCCAGUGCCGGAGACAGUGCAUGGGUGUCUGUCCCCUGAACUGAUUCCAGUGAAGCCUGUGUCUGAGAAAAAUCAACGGCUGGUUAAAGAGGUGCUGGAGUUCCCUUCCAGUGAAGUCUAUGUGCCUCACAGUAUAUACCGGAACCUGCUGUACGUGUAUCCUCUGAGGUUGAAUCUUACUAAUCGUUUGACUUCAGCCAGAAACAUUACGGUUAAAAUCCAGUUCAUGAGUGGUGAAGACCCCAGCUGUGCCAUGCCUGUAAUCUAUGGAAAAUCAAGUGGGCCUGAGUUUCUUCAAGAGGUCUACACUCCAGUCACAUACCACAACAGGUCUCCUGAUUUCUAUGACGAGCUAAAGAUUCGUCUUCCAGCCCGUUUAACAGAGAAACACCACUUGCUGUUCACUUUUUACCAUAUCAGCUGCCAGCAGAAACAGAACCAGACUGGAAGUAUGGAGACUCUCAUCGGAUAUUCAUGGUUACCCAUGCUGAACAAUGACAGGCUGCAGACUGGACAGCAGUGCCUGCCAAUCGUUUUGGACAAGCUUCCUGUGAACUAUUCUCUGCAUUUCCCAGAGAAACUGCCAGCUCAGGUACCUCCAGUUAAGUGGCUGGAGAAUCAUAAGGGACUGUUCAACCUUGAGCUACAAGUUGUGUCCUCAGUCCAAGCACAGGACAGUCAUUUGGAACGUUUCUUUACUCUGUGCCACGCCCUGGAGGGCAAGACCACGUUCCCCAUCCGAGUGGGAGAUGAGAAGAUUUCUGAAAACAUGUUUGAGCACGAGCUGAAGCUCAGCAUCAUCUCGCUGUCCUCCUCCGGCCUGGAGCCGCUUGUGCUUUUUCUCCAUCAGGUCCUCGACAAGCUCUUCCGGCUCAUCAUGCAGCCAAUGGUCAUCGCUGGACAGACUGCAAAUCUGGCCCAGAUUGCCUUUGAGUCAGUGGUGUCAGUUGUCAACAGCCUUCACAACAGUCAAGAGCUGGCGAAGGACCAUCAGGGCAGGAACUGUCUCCUAGCAACAUACCUGUACUUUGUGUUCCGCUUGCCCGACACACAACAUGAAAUCCACACCACAGGCACAGGAGGUCUGAUGGCUCACCCGGAGAGCCGAUACAGCACUCUGACUCGCACCACGGCUAACACGGUCGGCUUCAUGCUGCUUCAGUCACGGAUUCGUUCCAGCAGCAACCCUGAUAUACCAGCACCACAGAGCCCAGAGGACACAGAGGUCAAUAACAUUCUAGGAAAGGGUUUACAAGGCUGUCGCGCGUCAGCAGCUGCAAAUAUCUCCAAUACUUCACAGAGCUCCACAGCAAGCACACGGCCCACAAACAAAAAGUUGUUCCAUGAGGAGCUGGCUCUUCAGAUGGUGGUCAGCACUGGAGUCUGCAGAGAGAAUGUCUACAAAUACGCCUGGUUCUUUUUUGAACUUCUUGUGAAGAGCAUGAGUCAGCACGUGUCUCAGUUGGAUAAGAAGGCAGUCCUUCGUAGGAAUCGAUUUUCGGACCGCUUCAAAGAUGACAUCACAACUAUUGUCAACGUUGUGACUGCUGAGAUUGGGAACAUUUUAGUAAAACAGCAAAAGGAGUUGGAGCAGGCAGAGAAGGUUAAUGUCAGCCUGGCUUUCUUCCUGUAUGACCUGAUGUCUCUGAUGGACCGAGGCUUUGUGUUUCAGCUUGUGAAGAAUUACUGCAACCAGAUGGCAGCAAAGAGUGUGAACAUGGCGACUUUGAUCAGUAUGAGGUUAGAGUUUUUGAGGAUCCUGUGCAGUCAUGAGCACUACCUCAACCUCAGCCUGUUCUUCAGCAGCCCCGCCUCCGCCCCCGCCUCCCCGUCACCGUCCGUCUCCUCACAGACCUCCAGCUCAUGCAGUUUUCAGGACAAUAAGAUCUCAGCCAUGUUUGACCUGUCGCAGGACUUUAAGCAACGGCAUUACUUGACCGGACUGCUGCUGACCGAACUCAGUACUGCAGUGGACAUGGAGUCAGAGGGAGGGAGAGUUCAACAAAAGGCCAUUAAUGCCACAUACAGCUUACUGUGCGCUCACGAUCUGGACCAGCGCUGCUCAAGGCCAGAGGUCAAGGCCAAGAUUGCUGCUCUCUACCUCCCUCUAGUGGGCAUCAUCAUUGACUCCAUCAAUUAUCUUGAUUUCACAGUAUCUGACUCUCGUGGCAGUAAAGGAAAGUCCGGUGGACCUGAGGAGGACCCUGACAAUGUCACUCCCAUCAAUCAGUCUGUUGCCAUGGCAAUCGCUGGAAAUCCUUUCAACACCUUGGCAAGAAAUGCACUGGCUUCUGUGACCUCUGUGACGGGAAAAACUAGCAACAUGUUGACAGCAGAGACCAGCCGCAAUCUGCUCAUGUGCUUCCUGUGGAUUAUCAAGAAUGCAGACCAGAAUCUGAUCCAGCGCUGGACCGUGGACAUGCCUUCCUCUCAGCUGAGCCGUCUGCUGGAACUCCUCGCCAUCUGCAUCUCCUGCUUUGAGUACAGGGGGAAGCAAAGUUCUGAUAAGGUGAGCACACAGGCCCUGCAGAAGUCUCAGCAGGCUAAGGCGCGUCUGGAGGAGGUUCUGCUGGGAGGGUAUGGAGCCAGAGGAGAAAUGAUGAAAAGGGUGGGAGGUAACGACCGGACGCUGGGUCAGAGAGAGAACCUACGCUGGAGGAAAGACCUUACACAGUGGCGCCAGACAAACGACAGGCAGGACAAAUCCAAAGCAGAGCUAGAUCAGGAGGCCAUAAUCAGUGGUAACCUGGCAACUGAGACCACCCUCAUAGUCCUUGACCUACUGGAGAUGAUUGUACAGGCAGUUCCUCUGGCGGACUGUAAGGAUAAUGUGGUUGGUGGAGUGCUGAGAGUUCUGCUGCACUCUCUCACCUGUAAUCAGAGCACCACCUUCCUGUCGCACUGUUUCAGCACCCUACGGGCUCUCAUUGUAAAGUUUGGCGACCUGUUGUUUGAGGAGGAGGCCGAGCAGUGUGCAGACCUGUGUCAGAAGGUUCUUCAUUACUGCAGCAGCUGUGUGGACGGCAACAGGAGUCAAGCUUGUGCUACGCUCUACCUGAUCAUGAGAUACAGCUACAGCUCUGCUAGUAAUUUCUCCAGAGUCAAAAUGCAAGUGACAAUGUCUUUGGCCUCGUUGGUCGGCAAGUCUUCAGACAUCCAUGAGGAGUACCUACGCCGCUCUUUCAGAACUAUCCUUGCAUAUGCAGAAGAGGACAUGGAAAUGCAGUCUACACAGCUGCCCUCACAGGUGGAUGAACUCUUGAGGAACCUAAACAGUAUUCUCUCAGAUACAGUAAAAAUGAAGGAGUUCCAGAAAGAUCCUGAGAUGCUCAUGGACCUCAUGUAUAGGAUCGCAAAGGGUUACCAGACCUCUCCAGACCUGCGUCUAACCUGGCUCCAAAACAUGGCAGAGAAGCACAACGGCAGGAAGUGUUUUACAGAGUCAGCCAUGUGUCUGAUCCAUGCCGCGGCCCUGGUGGCUGAAUAUCUCAGCAUGCUGGAGGAUCACAAAUACUUGCCUGUGGGCAGCGUCACCUUUCAAAACAUCUCUCCUAAUGUGCUGGAGGAGUCUGCAGUCUCAGACGACAUAUUGUCUCCAGACGAGGAUGGGGUUUGCUCGGGACGCUACUUCACAGAAAAUGGCCUAGUUGGGCUUCUGGAACAGGCUGCUGAGCUAUUCAGCAAUGGCGGGUUGUACGAGGCAGUUAAUGAGGUGUACAAGGUAAUCGUGCCUAUACUUGAGGCCCACAGAGAUUUCCGGAAGCUCGCUUCCACACAUGACAAGCUCCAAAGGGCUUUUGAGAACAUCAUUCAAAAGGGUCACAAGAGGAUGUUUGGAACCUACUUCCGCGUAGGAUUUUAUGGCUCUAAAUUUGGAGACCUGGAUGAGCAAGAAUUUAUCUACAAAGAGCCAGGAAUCACCCAUUUACCGGAGAUAUCCCACCGGCUCGAGAACUUCUACAGUGAGUGUUUUGGAGAUGGAGUUUUGGAAAUGAUUAAAGAUUCCACACCAGUAGACAGAAACAAGCUGAAUCCCAACAAGGUAUACAUACAGAUUACCUUUGUGGAGCCUUUCUUUGAUGACUAUGAGAUGAAAGACCGCCUCACCAACUUCGAGAAGAACUUCAACCUUCGCCGCUUCAUGUACACUACGCCGUUCACAAAAAGUGGGCGACCGCGGGGGGAACUCAAUGAGCAAUACAAGAGGAAAACCAUCCUAACCACCAUGCAUGCCUUCCCCUACAUCAAGACACGGAUCAAUGUCAUUCAGAAGGAGGAGUUUGACCUCACGCCCAUCGAGGUGGCCAUUGAGGACAUGCAAAAGAAGACCCGAGAGCUGGCAGAAGCUACGCACAGAGAAAAGCCAGAUGCUGUGAUGCUUCAGAUGGUUCUGCAGGGAUCCGUCACAGCCACUGUCAAUCAGGGUCCAUUGGAGGUGGCCCAGGUCUUCUUGAAUGAAAUCCCAGCAGACCCCAAGCUCUUCCGUCAUCACAACAAACUGCGUUUGUGUUUCAAAGAGUUCAUACUGCGGUGUGGAGAGGCUGUUGAGAAGAACAAGCAACUCAUCACUCCCGAUCAGAAGGAGUACCAGCAGGAGAUGAAGAAAAACUACAACAAACUGCGAGAGAACCUGAGGCCAAUGCUGGAGAGAAAGAUCCCUGAGCUCUACAAGCCCAUCAUCAAACCUCGCAUCGAGAAUAGAGAUUCCUUCAAAAGGCACAGCCUCCGUCGGACACAAGAUGAAAAUUCAUGAUGUCAAGAGAGCGUCUCUAGAGGAUAUCAAGGGAAGGAUGUUGCAGUGUGCCAGGAAACAAGAGCUUCGUCAGCUGAUAAUUAGAUGACUCGAGCAGAGUUUCAUACACAGUGUUAAAACCCCCUGAAAAUAUCCUAGAUUGUUGUAUUCUGUAUACUGUAUAUAUUGAACUGAUUUUAAGGGAUCUAGAACUUGCGUAUUAUUUGUUUAUAAUUGUUUUUAGAACAAAAACCUUAGCCAGUCACUUUUUUUUUUUUUUUUUAACUUGUUUUCUGGUUAUGGUUUUAGUCUUCCUUAGUAUGUUACAGCAUAUUGUAUUUUUAGCUAAUACAAUACUUACAGACAUGUUACAUGUUAAGAAAAAACCUACAACCUUAAAUUAACUGCUUCAAGAAAGAAAGCCUGAUCGAUAUUUAAAAGCCACAGUGUCAAAUGUGUAAAAAGACAGUUAAGAUGCAAUAAUGGUAUAAAACAGAUCACCUCUUCAUUUGUGCGUUUACAUAUUGCUUUAAUCAUGAUCACUCGGUUCUUUUGUUUUAUUCUAUGUAUAUUGUAAUUGUAAGAUUUAUGAUACAGUUGUGUAUAUAUAGUUAUAUUUUAUUUAUAGAGAAUAUUUAGCUCAUAUUCCAUUAUUAAAAUGUGACCAUAUCAAAUCAGAAUAAAAGUAAGUCCGGUUUACAGUGAGGGAAGAACAGCAUCAGUUAAAAGUGCAGAGAAUGAGCACAUCAAAUGUUUACUUUUUCCUUUUCUUUUUCCAAAUGUUAAAUAACUGUAAAAAUUAAUUUCUUCGGUUCAAUGAUAAAAUAUACCAGUGAACAAUUAAUGAGUCAUUUGUUCUUCUCAAUUUACAAGUGCACUGCACAUAAGCUCUGCUGUUUUUGUUGUUUUGCUUCAUUCUUUCUGUUACACAUUAAAACUUUAUGUUGGUUUUAAUAGGUCAUUACAAAUUCAACUUGGUUUAUUUCUGUCUAAAAGCACAAAUAAAUAUACAUAUUUUUGUCAGUGAAACUUCCUAAUAAAAGCUACAUGCUUAUAA